AUGCACACGGACGACAUCAUCGAGGCCGUCGGGGGCAUGUCCCGCUUCCAGAUCCUCAUGGUUGUCUUCAUAUUCGGUCCAAAGAUGCUGAUGGCGUGGGGGAUGUUAAUGAUGUCGUUUGCGGGGACUACUCCAGAUUGGUGGUGUGUCCCAGCUACAGCGGCCUCUGUUGAUGAGACCGACUACAUGAACAACGUCACAUUGAAAUUGUGUCCUUCCUCGGACAACAUCACCUGUCAGGUUGUGUUCAGCCAGGAUAAAAACACUGUCGCCAGCGAGUGGGAUCUCAUAUGUGACCAGAAUAUUCUCAAGUCCAUUAUCACAUCAGUUCAAAUGGCCGGAGUGUUCUUUGGGGCACUGUUUGGCAGACAGUCUGCUGACGUCCUCGGUCGGAAGUGGACUUACUUCAUCAGCCUGGUCCUUCAAAGUGGGUUCAAUCUGGUGGCAGCAUUCUCCGUCAACUGGCAGAUGUUUACAGCGUUGCGUUUUCUCAUCGGGAUGACGAUUGGCUCUCUUCUGGUUGUAAGCUACCCGUAUUUCAUGGAGUUCAUUGGAAGGAAAUGGCGACCAAUUGCAUCGGCAAUGCCAGUCUGGGUGUACAACCCGCGCCACCUUCUCCAGUUGUGA